GAAGAAUAUUUGUAAAAGUUCAUCUAUAGAAUCUAGUUCAAUUCAAACUUCUUCUCUAAAGUGAUCGUGUCUUUUGAAACUUAAAGAUCGCAUAUUGUCAUUAAAGUUCAAACGUCAUUAAAGCAUCAUUAUUCGUCAUGAACAAAGUAGAAGUAUGCGUAACCGAAGGGAAAUUAAUCGGCAUCAUCGAGGAAAGUGUUCACGGCGAUCAUUACAUUGCCUUUCGCGGGAUACCGUAUGCUAAGCCUCCAGUGGGUGAACUCAGAUUUAAAGAUCCGCUACCCCCAGAAACAUGGUCCGGCAACCGAGACGCUUCCAAGUACGGAAACAUCGCUGUUCAGGUGGAUAUUUUCACGCAUAAAGUAAUAGGCGACGAAGAUUGUCUCUAUUUGAAUGUGUUCACCACGGAAAUGGAGCCUUUAAAGAAGCGCGUUGUAAUGGUGUGGAUACAUGGUGGUGGCUUUUUUAUGGGCUCCGGCGAUGCAUCUUUCUACGGUCCUGAUCAUAUUGUCCGGAAGGACAUAAUACUCGUCACUCUGAAUUAUAGAUUAGGUGUUCUAGGUUUUCUCAAUUUAUAUCAUAAAAUGGCAGCGGGAAAUCAGGGUUUAAAAGAUGUAAUAAUGGCGUUACAAUGGAUUCAAAAAAAUAUAUCGCAUUUCGGUGGAGAUCCCGAUAACGUCACAAUUUUUGGUGAAAGUGCGGGUGGAGCGAUUGUUCACUAUCUGACUAUUUCGCCGUUAGCUAAAGGUUUAUUUCAUAAAGCGAUAUGUCAAAGCGGCGUCGUGAAUAAUCCUUGGGCUUUCACUGAACGGGACACUUCUAUCAAUAACGGUCUGCAGUUAGCCGAGAAACUUGGGAAGGCGACUUCAGACACGGAAGUCGCUUACAAAUUUCUAAAAAAAAUAGACGCAAGAAAAUUAAGAAAAGCAGAAGUGGAGCUCUUCUUGACAGAAGAAGUGCGUUUAAAUCUUUCGAUUGCAUUUACGCCAACUAUGGAUUCCGAGUCAUCAAAUCCUUUAUUACCGAUAGAAUUAUCGAAAUUAUUACGUAAUGGAAUUAAAAUGCCACUUAUAUUCGGAUACACUAGUUGCGAAGGCACUUUUUUCUUACGAGGAAAAUUUUUUGGAUAUAUAAGUAAAGAGACUCUAAAGAAAAUCGAUUCUGAUUUCAAGAAAAUUGUACAUCCUAGAAUUUUGUGUCAAUUACCACAGAUACCAAUCACGAUCUCAGAUUUACGAUCAUUAUACUUUGGUGAUAAGGAAGUGUCAGAGGAAACUCUAAUGAACUCUCACUCUGACUUUCUUGGCGAUCAGUGUUUCUAUAGCGGUAUUAUGGAAGCAGUUGAUACUGAAAUAAAUUCUGGUACUAACGAGCCGGUGUACUUGUACAAAUUUUCAUAUGAAAGUAAAACUUCUCCUAUGAAAAAUAUAUUAGAUAUUCAACUUUCAGGUACGUCUCACAUAGAGGAACUGGGUUAUUUAUUUCAUCCUCAUUUGAUGAAAGAUUUGGGAUUGCCACCAGCUGCACCUGAUUCGGACGAUUACAGAAUAAUAAAUUGCUUAACGCAAAUGUGGACAAAUUUUGCUAAAACGGGAAAUCCAACACCUGCUAAUGAAGAUUUGACUUUAGCUAAUUAUAAAUGGACACCAUUAAAAAAUGGAAAUGCAUAUGAUUAUUUAAACAUUAAUAUUAAACCUCAAAUGGAGACUCUUUAUAAAGGAAAGCAACGAUGGGAUUGGAAGAUUAGACAUAAAUGUUCUGUCGUCAGUUUUCAGUCAUCCAUCAUGAGCAGCAACAGAGUGGCCGUAAACGUGCGUGAAGGAAAAUUAAUCGGUAUCAUUGACAAAAAUAUUCACGCUGGCAAUUAUAUAGCUUUCCGAGGAAUACCGUAUGCAAAACCGCCAGUUGGUAAACUCAGAUUCAAAGAUCCGGUACCACCGGAAUCAUGGUCCGGCAGCAGAGAUUCUUCGAAACACGGAAAUAUCGCCGUGCAGAAGGAUCCUAUCACACAUGAAAUGAUCGGCGACGAGGAUUGCCUCUACUUAAACGUGUACACCGCAGACAUCGAAUCAUGGAGAAAACGUCCGGUUAUGGUGUGGAUACACGGCGGCGCUUUUAGCACGGGUUCCGGCGAUGCAACUAUUUACGGUCCCGAUUAUAUUGUCCGGAAGGAUGUGGUAUUAGUCACGUUAAAUUAUAGACUAGGCGUUCUCGGUUUCUUAAAUCUUAACGAUAAAGUGGCAACAGGCAAUCAAGGUAUGAAGGAUAUUAUCAUGGCAUUAGAAUGGGUUCAGAAGAAUAUAUCAAAGUUCACUGGAGACCCAGGAAAUGUCACCAUCUUUGGCGAAAGCGCUGGUGGAGCCAUUGUACAUUAUUUGACUCUGUCUCCAUUAAGCGAAGGUUUGUUUCACAAAGCGAUUUCGCAAAGCGGCGUCGCCGCAAAUCCUUGGGCCUUUAGUGAAUGGGCAAAUAAAGCGAAGAACAAAGGGUUCCAAUUAGCCAAAUACCUCGGUAAAACGACCUCAGAUCCGAAAGUCGCUUUUGAGUUUCUCAAAACGAUCGACGCGAAGAAACUCAGAGAAGCCGAACAGAAGUUGUUGACGAAAACAGAAUGUUUACAACUUGUAAUAGCAUUUACGCCCAGUUUAGAUCACGAAUCGCCGAAUCCAUUCUUCCCGGAACAUCCAAGCACAUUAAUACGCCGCCAAGUUAAAAUGCCAUAUAUUUUGGGUUAUAACAAUUGCGAAGGAUCUUAUUUUGCAUGCAGCAGCCUCGUCAAACGCUUAAACAAGGAGAUUUUUAAAGAAAUCGACUCCGAUUUCAAGAAGACCAUCUUACCUCAAAUUUUGUCUACGCUACCACAAAUACCGAUCACAGUCGAAGAAUUACGAUUUUUAUACUUUGGCAAUAAAGCAGUGUCGGAAGAAACUCUAAUUAAUUAUGCUGAUUUUUUAGGCGACGUUCUUUUUUAUCGCGGCAUUAUGGAGAUAGCCGAUACUCAAAUGAGCUCUGAUGCUAAGGAAUCGACCUAUUUAUACAAAUUUUCAUAUGAAAGUGAAACUUCUCCCUGGAAGAAAUUCUUAAACAUUACGCUUCCAGGUGUGACUCAUUCCGAGGAACUUUUUUACUUAUUUUAUUCUCAUAUGCUAAAACAUUUGGGUGUUUUACCACUUGCACCUGAUUCGAAUGAUUACAAAAUAAUGAAUCGCUUAACACAGAUGUGGACGGAUUUUGCUAAAACAGGGAAUCCAACACCCGCGAUUACAAAUUCGACUCCAAUUAAAUGGACACCGUUGAAGCGCGGCGGAAAUAUAUACGAUUACUUAAACAUUAAUAUUGAAUCUGAAAUGAAAACCCUCCGUAAAGAAGAGCAGCGCUGGGACUGGAAGAAUAUGAAACAUAAGCUGUGAUCGUUCUGUCCGCAAAAUCUAAUCAGCAAUAGAAAAUUGACUUUUUUUAGUACAUUUUGCGCUUGUAAUAAAUAUAUAUUUUUCAUUAAUUCUCUCUUGUUGUACUUUAAAUUAUAUUGACGUGACGGCGUAAUGCACCGGUUGCUUAUGAAGAUAAUGGAAAAUAAUAUGAUUAUAUUCAGAGUGCUGUAGAAUUUAUGAAAUGUAAAACGUUCUUAUCUUUAUGAAUCAAUUUUUGUUAUCAGGUAUGUCAAAAUAUUACUAGUUAAAUAAAUCCACAAAAACAGAAAGCA